AUGAACAGCUCAGGUAACAUUGAUCAUAUUAGCAAGGCUGAGGAUAUAGAAUGGCAAAUAGACUCUGAAUGGAUCAGCUUGUCUGCUAGUACCCCACCAUCAGUUUUUCCGGUAACCAACAAGAAAAAGAAACAAAGCAAACAAAAGUGUUCAGAUGCUGAGGUAUCUAAAAUCACCAGUUUCAGUUUCAUUCCUACCAGCAGAGGUGGCAGACAUUUAGUGGUUGACAGCCAGACUUUUCGGUUGAGUCAGCAUAAAGCAGCCGGGUUUUCCUACUGGAUUUGUAGCAUUCCUUCUUGCGCUGCUUGGUGCAUGUUAGAUGCUCAGGAAAAACGGAUGAUUCAGUCUUACAGAGACCACAAUCAUGAAGUCGGAAUAAGUCAGAAAGAGUUCAAAGAUUUUAUUACUGCCCUAAAGAAUGCUGUUAAAGAGAACCCUCAUAUGAAACCGAAAGUUAUUUAUGAUAUAGAAGUUGAGAAAAUAAGACAGCAGUUGAAAGAUAACAAUCUGGGAAAUAGAACCAAUGGAGUGAAAGAUUUUUUGCCUAGUUUCGAAGCAGUUCAUGCAGCAAUGCUAAAUACCAGGAAUGCUGUACUGUCAGCAGUUUCUCUCAGCGUUACAGGGGAUGAAACAUCAGUGACAGAAGUUCGUUACUCCAGUCCGCACAAGUUCACAAGAUCCAAAGAUGGAAAGACCAACAAAAAGCAGAGAUCAACACAUUCUCUGAUUUCCCGCUCUUUUGAUAUUGAUAACAUGGAGGAAAAGUCACACAAUAAACCAGACAAAGAUGCAAAUCUGAGUGACUUCGAAGAAUGGCUAGACGAUGAUGUCACCCCUAACAUUCCAGUUGUGGUUGUUUCGGCUUCCAAACAGGAAGUUAAGCCAGUUUUUAAGAAGACAUCACCAAAGGAAACACAUGAUUUCAAACUUGAAUUUGCAGGAAAUGAAGAGAACAAUUUAUGGGAUGGAGAUCCACAUCUUGAAGGCAUUUCACGCAGAAAGUAUCGCAAGCGACCUGCCUCAGCAUCUAUUUUUACCUGCCCGCACUGUCCCUACAAAUCCAAUCGUCACUUCAAUGUUCAGAGACAUGAACGUCUCGCGCAUUCGACCAAGAAACCAGAGUUUAGUUGCAAAGAAUGUGGUACAUCCUAUUCUUUAGAAUAUCGCCUAAAACUUCAUGUCAAGGCGGUCCAUCAAGGUGAGGGUCACCAUUGCCACAUCUGCGCCAGAUCUUUUGAAACAAUGACCGGUUUGAAAUCUCACGUGGUCACCAAACACAAACAUGAUGAUCCCAAGGUCCAUCACGAGCCGCCACCUGAACUGACGUGCAAACUUUGUGGGCGAGUAUUCUCUACAAAGUCACAUCUGCAGAAGCACACAAGCACACAUGUCAUGAUUCAGCCAUACCGCUGUUGCGUCUGCAACAAAGCCUUUAUGGAGGAACUAGAAUGGUUGUCACAUCAGAGUAACUGUACAGACUCCUUUACCGUUCAGUGCUGCUUAUGCAGUGCCUAUGUCUCUACGGCUCAUGAACUCAUGGCUCACAUGGAUGUUGUUCACGGACGAGCUGAGUAUUCCUGUCACUGUGGUAAGAUAUUCCCAUGGAAAAAGUCUCUUCUGACACACCAGCAAAAGUGUUCUCUGUUCUUAGCAGAACGAAGCAUAUGA